AUGGGUGAAAACAGCAUAGAGUGUAAAAGCAUGGUUGAUGAGAAUUUUGAAGACUCUCCCAAUGCAGUGAUUAAGUUUAGUCCUCCUUUAUACAGACAGCGCUACCAGUUUGUUAAAGAUUUAGUAGUUCAGCAUGAACCCAAGAAGAUUGCAGACUUUGGCUGUGGUGAUUCUUCGCUUUUAUGGAUGCUGAAAUUCCAUAAGUGCAUUGAACUGCUCGUUGGAGUAGACAUCAAAGAGGAUAAAUUACGGAGGAAAGAGUACAAGCUGUCUCCCCUCAUUGGUGACUAUCUAAAACCCAGGGAGCAGACAUUGACUGUUACCUUGUAUCAUGGCUCUGUUGUGGAGAGAGACUCUCGUUUGUGUGGAUUUGACUUGAUAACAUGUAUUGAACUGAUAGAGCAUUUGGAUUCUGAAGAUCUGGCCAAGUUUCCCAAAGUCGUGUUUGGAUUCUUGUCUCCAGCCAUGGUUGUAAUCAGCACGCCAAACUCUGAAUUCAACCCCCUGUUUCCAGUGGUGAAGUUCAGAGAUUCAGAUCACAAAUUCGAGUGGACUAGAAUACAGUUUCAGACCUGGGCUUUGGAUGUAGCGGAUCGCUAUGGUUACUUGGUGGAGUUUACAGGUGUUGGGAAGCCUCCUGCCAGAGCGGAAGAUGUUGGGUACUGUACCCAGAUAGGGAUCUUCAAGAAAAACCCAACAAGAGCGGCAGAGGUGUGUGACCCAGAGCUGCACGGUGAACAUGUGUAUAAAAUUGUUUAUACUACCACAUACCCAAGUUUGCAGCAGAAAAAGUAUCGCCAGUAUGCGGUGGUUAAUGAAGUGGUUUCCCAAGUCCAUGACAUGAGGCGGGCACUUCUGGAAAGGCUGAAGCUGCAGGAUGACAGGGACUUUGAGGAUAUGCCUGAAGACACUGACACUCCAGAGGCCCUGUUUGAGUCCUUCCACCCAGUCCUCACACCAUUAAAUGACCACAUGGAGAAGACCCCCAAACCCUUCUGUAUUGGAAAUGUGUUUUAUGUUCCCCUGGAAAGACUCUUUUCAUUGCCCAAAGUGAAACACUUAUGUAUUAACAUUGAGAUGCUGAAAACCCUAAUUGCUGACACAGUGAUGCUAAAUAGCGAUGGUUCUGCGGUGAUGGUCAACAUGUAUGAUCAGGAAAAUGAUGACUGA